AUGGCCCCCUUCGGCAGACUGUACAGCUACCCCAACAGCUACCGUGUCCAAAGGCUCCACGCCAUCGCGGCCAUCAACGGCCUCACCCUCGAGGAUGCGCCCGAUUUCCAAAUGGGUGUGACCAACCGCACGCCCGAGUUCCUCGCCAAGUUCCCGCUCGGCAAGGUCCCGGCCUUCGAAUCGGGCGAUGGCACCUUCCACCUGACUGAGGGCCAGGCCAUCGCCCGGUACGUGGCCGAGAGCGGGCACGGGGCGGGCCAGCUGCUGGGCGGCGACGACCCGCGCACACGCGCGCUCGUCGAGCAGUGGUCGUGCUUUGCCGCGCAGGAGCUCGAGAGCAACAUCACGCCGCUGCUGGUCAUGUGCCUGUACAAGCUCGUGCCGUACGACGAGGCCCGGUAUGCGUACCAUGUCGGCGGGUUUGAGAGGGCCGUCAAGAGGCUCGAGGUCGCUGUCCAGGGAGGGAGGAGGAAGUUUCUUGUGGGCGAGCAGCUCACGCUGGCGGAUAUCAUGGUUGCCGGGGUGCUGCAGAUGGCGUCGCGGUUGGUGUUGGAUAAGGAGAUGCGGGAGCAGGUGCCGGGUGUCGAGGCUUAUCUGAAGGGUAUCAUGGAGUUGCCUGAGAUGAAGCCGGCGUUUCCGCCGUUGGAGCUGUGCGAAGUGAGGGUUAAGGGGCAGUGA